AACGAUCAGAAAUUCAAAUAAGCCCUCACCCGCCCUGAACCGAACCGGACCACUGGACGGCCUAUGACCGCCUCCCCCUCCUCCAUCCGCUCGACCAUCCCCAACAUAGUCUUCCUCAUCCGUCGAAACGCGAAGAACCCUUCUCUCGCAUGGCGCCUCUUCAAGCACCUCUCCUCCUCCUCCCCUUCCUCCGCUCUCUGCCCUUCCUCUAUCUCCACCAUCUCCCGCAUUCUUGCUCGGUCCAACAUGCUCCCCGAGCUCAAGCACCUCCAUCACCUUCUCCUUCUUCACCCCUCACCCUCCUCACCCUCUUCUCUCACUGCUCUGGCGCUUUCUUCAGCUUCGUUCGGCCUCCUCGACCUAUCAGUUUCCAUCCUACCUUCCCUUCGCUUGCUGUCCCCUCCACCUCUUUCCUUCUACAACUCCCUCAUUCGCUCCUCCCUUCGUUUCAGCCGCCAUGACCUAGUCCAAAUCAUCUACCAUGAUCUCCUUCUCUCCGGCGGAACACCGGAUGUCCAAAGCCUUAAUCUUUUGAUGCUUUCGCUAUGUGAUUCCAGCCGCUUGGGUGAUGCUCUCAAGGUGUUUGAUAAAAUGUCAUUGAAGGGGUGCCGGCCGAAUGAGUUCACUUUCGGGGUUUUGAUUCGUGGGUAUUGCAGAGCAGGACAGGCUGAACAGGCGCUGGAGGUGUUGAAGCAAAUGGGUUCUCAAGGUUGCAGGUUGAAUAUGGUGAUUUAUAAUACGGUGAUUGCUGGGUUUUGCAGGGAGGGGAAGGUGCUUGAGGCGGAGAAAUUGGUGGUGAGGAUGAGGGAGGAUGGUUUGUAUCCCAAUGUGGUCACUUUCAAUGCUAGGAUCUCAGGUCUUUGUAAGGCUGGAAUGGUUCUUGAUGCUCACAGGAUUUUGAGGGAUAUGAAGGAGGAAGGAGGUGAUUUGGGACUGCCAAGGCCAAAUCAGAUUAGUUAUAAUUUGGUGCUAGGUGGUUUAUGCAGGUUAGGAUUGGUGGAGGAGGGUGCAAUUUUGGUAGAGGAGAUGAGGAGGGAUGGGUUUUUUGUGAAGCUGGAGAGCUACAACAUAUGGUUGUCUGGUUUAGUGAGAAAUGGGAGGCUAUUGGAAGCUAUGAAGGUUUUGGAGGAGAUGGUAACACAUGGUUUGGAGCCUAAUGUUUAUUCCUAUAAUAUUGUGAUCGAUGGGCUAAGCAAGCAGGGGAUGGUUUUUUCUGCCAGAUCAGUGAUGAUUUUGAUGAAAAAUAGAGGGAUCUUGCUGGAUGUAGUGUCCUACAGCUCUUUGUUGCAUGGAUAUUGUCUGAAAGGGAUGGUGCAAGCUGCCAGUUGGAUUCUGCAUGAGAUGGCGAGCAACGGAUGUUUUCCAAAUGUUUUUACUUGCAACAUCUUGCUGCAGAGUCUCUGGAAAGAGGGAAGAACAUGGGAGGCAGAAAUGCUGCUGCAAAAGAUGAAUGAGAAAUGUUAUGGUUUGUAUAUUGCGAGCUGCAAUAUAGUUAUCGAUGGCUUAUGCCGAUGUGGGAAGUUGGAUAAGGCAAUGGAGAUUGUUAGUGGCAUGUGGCUUCAUGGAAGUGCAGCACUUGGUGAACUUGGGAAUGCAUUUCUUGGUCUUGUUGAUGACAAAAAUGGCAGUAGUAAAUGUUUUCCAGAUCUAAUUACGUAUUCAAUAUUGAUAAAUGGGUUGUGCAAGGCAGGCCGCUUGGAUGAAGCUAAGAAGAAGCUGCUUGAGAUGUUGGGAAAGAAUAUCACUCCUGAUGCCAUAAUUUAUGAUACCUUUAUCCAUGGGUUUUGUAAACUUGGGAAGAUCUCCUCAGCUUUUAAAGUUCUUAGGGACAUGGAGAAGAAAGGCUGUCAACCAAGCACAAGAACCUACAACUUGCUGAUUUGGGGCUUGGGAAGGAAAAACCAAAUCAGUGAAAUGCACGAUUUGAUUGAUGAAAUGUGUGAUAAAGGCGUUUCUCUUGAUGCUAUGACGUAUAAUAACCUGAUUCAGGCCUUUUGUGAAGGUGGAAUGAUUAGUAAAGCUGCCUCGCUUUUGAAUGAGAUGAUGAAGGGUGGAAUCCUGCCCAAAUUAGCUUCUUUCAACCUGUUAAUUAAAUCCUUUUGCAAGGUCGGUGAGUUUGAUGCUGCUCAAGGUGCAUUCCGAACCGGUCUUGCCAUUUGCGGUGAGAAGGAGGUUCUCUAUAGCUUGUUUUGCCACGAGUUGUGUCGAUAUGGUAAGGUUUUGGAGGCUAAGGAGUUAUUUCAAAUUUCCUUUGAAAAGGGCUUUGUUGUUGAGAACUUCUCAUACAAAUAUCUUAUUGAGGAACUCUGCAAGGAAAGCAGAGUGGAUGAUGCUCACAGCUUGCUUGUUGCUAUGAUAAAUAGAGGCUCUCUUUUAGAUCCUGCAGCUUUCAUGCCAGUGAUUGAUGCAUUGGGUAGGCAAGGGAAUAAGCGUGAAGCUGAUAAACUUUCUGCACAAAUGAUGGACAUGGCUGCCCGUCAUGAUGAUGAAUCGUAUAAUACAGUUUCCCAACAUCGAAGUAAUAUUAUUGGAUCUAAGCCUCAUAUUCAUGGGACAGACGGUUCCAUGGAAGAUGAUUGGCGCACUUUAUUGCACAAAGAUGAUGGUAGCGGGAUUGUUAUGAAAGUUCUGAAGAAAGUGCAAAAGGGUUGGGGCCAAGGAAGCAUACCAAUCUCACGUAAACAUAAUGUUGUACUUGAUGAUUGGGAAAGUAUUGGAUGAUGAAGCUUUUUCUGUCAAUAUGUGGAUUCCAAAAUGUUGAAUAUGUUUGGUGCUACAUCUGCAGAACUGCCAAAUCUCGUUUGAUUAUUCAUCUUGUUGUUGCACUGUUAUAUAUAUGAUGAUCUGGAGAUUAUUCAUUCUUCUUGUUGAUUUGUAAAUGAUACGAUAUUUCCUCUGGAGCAUCUAAUGAACGCACAGAAGAUCCAGUUUAUCCGAAUGCCUGGUUAAAGCAGCUGUAAUUAAAGCUUUUUGAGCUUCCUUUUUCUACGGGUUGCAUUCAACAACUUGCCAUCGCUUCUUAUCAGUAAUCUCCAAGAUUGCACACAUGCCAGUAUUUGAUCGUUAUUGAUAAAGAUUUUAAAAAAGAGCCAGGUUGUCUUUGAAGCAAGAAGAUGCACAAUCCAUCUCUGGUGAGCGCAGGGAAGUUGAGAUCCCUACAAAUGCCUCUCAAUCCAUACCAACAAGUUCAUCCAUUGCAGUUCUUCAAUUUAUUCUGAGAAAUUCUCUCUUCAAAUCAUUGCCAUAAAGCUAAACGGCCAUUUAAUGGAUAUUGAACUCAAUGUAAGGAGUAAUUAAUGUGUCCGGACACCGAAUGCGUCCAGAGACCAAUAACAGAGCGCCACGUCACUUGGGCGCUCGGUACCGAACACUCGGUAUCGCUCGGUAUUCAUCCGGAUUUCAGUUUUUUUAUCCGAACAUAAUAACUUUUCCAAUGUAAGACAGCAUCAAAGAGUCAUACUUAUACUAUUACACUUUUUUGGAGCCCUAUGUAUAUAAAAAUUACCUAUAACUUUUUACAACUUUUUGUACAACUCGAUCUAGAUACAUUCUAGGCACUUUAUAUUUGACAAGGACUUUGUACUGAA